UGAUUUUGAAAAUAGUUUCACUAGAGUACUAUGAUGAAUAUCCAAAGAAACUGAAAAUAAUCUAUUGUUAGAAUUUUUAUGGGGAUUACAUAUCAGUCGUAUUAAAUCCUCGGUAGUUCUAGUGUUAAGACACAAGGGAAUUACAUAAGAUUGGGUCGCGGUAUAAUAUGACCGUAGCGGUAGACUAAAUACGGUGUGCGUCUAAAUAUACUGCACAAACUAGAAACGGCGGGUCGCCUGUGCAAAGAUAAGAGAAAAUUGUAGAAUCGGUUUCGCUCGCGCGGAGAUACUUCGGUCUCUCGAGAACGUUGAAUUUCAAAAUUCCCCGAACACGCAUGCCUGUGGCUAUUGUCGGCUAACGCGGCUGUCUGUAAUUAUUUACUAUUAUUAUUAUUAUUUUACGUUAUUUCCACUCGUGACAGGUACAAGCACCGGUUUUCAGUAUUUUAACCCUUUGCACACCAAAAAUUUAUCACUAGAAAUAUUCAAUUUAUUUUUAUAAGAUAUAGAUGACAUUUUUUUAAACUAACUUAACGAGGAAUCUAUUCAAUAAGGGGAACAAUGGUAUUUCAUUUCCACAGUUCACGUAUCGAUUACUCAAGACUUAAUGUUAAAUACGAAAUUUUACAACGUUGACGCACCGAUCGAGUGCUGACUGAGAGGCACCUUUCGAGUGCAAAGGGUUAAUAGAAUUCACGAUGACAAGAGUCAUCUUCAAGGGUCAGAUUUAAAGAUGAAGUAAAUGCACCAAUAACUAUAAGCAAUUAAGAUUACAUGAAUAGAAAUUAUUUAAUAGAAAUGUUUGCAUUUGUAAUAUAAAUAUGUCCUCGUAGCCCCGACUAAUUGGCACGUUCACCUUAUUUUUCACAUAGACGAAAUCAUUCGUCUUCCGCCAUUGUCGCGUGCCAAUAAUAAUCACGCGUCGAAGACUGAGGACAGUCGGUUAGAGCAGAAUCGUACUAAUCCCGAGAAUGCUGUAGGCACGGAAGAAAGCGACUCGUAUUUCUCUAUUUACUUUGAACGCCUCUACUUUAACUAAUUUUCUGUCCUAUGGAAAACAAGCUUCUCGAGAGCACCAUCAAUGGAAUCUCAAACUGUUUGCGCCAUUUGCGGACAGUUCGCGACUCAUAAGUGCAGCGCCUGCGAGAGUGUUUACUACUGUUGCAAGGAACACCAGAGGAAGGGUUGGAAGAAGCAUGCCGAAGUCUGCAAACCUUAUAAGUUGGCGGAGGAUCAAAUUUUGGGUCGUCAUUAUGUAGCCACGAGAAAUAUCAAGGUAGGAGAAAUUAUUCUGAAGGAUGAGCAACCUUUGCUAGCUGGCCCCAUGUACAACUCCAUACCCGUGUGUCUUGGGUGCUUCACAGCGCUAUAUAAAGAUAGUGCUGUACCUUGCUCAAAAUGCGGAUGGCCUCUUUGUCCGGACUGCAAAGAGCAUGGAUUGGAAUGUGAUUUCACUUGUUCUCGCAGAGACGAGAAGGUAUCCAUCACUAGGUUUCCCUACACACAUCCGAGUUACCAGUGUAUAAAUGUCAUAAAAACGUUAUCCAUGAAACACGCCAAUCCAGAAGUUUACAAGAAGUUACUAUCCCUCGAAAGCCACACUGAUCGAAUUAACGAGGAGAAAAGUUUCACCUUCGAGGAAGCAGCGAAAAUUACACGUUUCAUCAAAAGAUUCUUCAGAGCAGAUGACAUAACCGAGGAAGAAAUUACACGAAUUGUCUGUAUCUUGCAGGUUAAUGGACACGAAGUUCCUCUCACCGAACCGCCGCACAUUGCAGUUUACGAAUUAGCAUCGUUAAUCGAACAUAACUGUAAAGCGAAUUGUUCGAAGACCUUCACCGAUGAAGGUGGGCUAAUUAUUCACGCAGGAAUGCCUAUUGCUAAGGGAGACCAUAUUUCCAUCUGUUACACAGAUGCACUAUGGGGCACUGCGAAUAGGAGACACUAUCUCUCGCAAACAAAAUUCUUCGAUUGCAUUUGCGAUCGAUGCAAAGACCCUACAGAAUUUAACCUUAUGUUUAACGCUCUGAAAUGCAAUAAAACGAAUUGCACAGGGUAUACAUUGCCAAAGACUUUCCUCACACAAGAACAGCAACCGUACGUAUGUGGAACGUGCAAAUUAUCGAUGAGCUACGACGAAGUGGAACAAAUUCUAGAAAGGGUCGGCGUCGACCUGUCGAAAAUCAAAAAGAACGACGUCACCGCGUGUAAAGAAUUUUUGAGUCGUUACAAGAACGUUCUGCAUCCGAAUCAUUUUUAUAACGUCGACAUCAUUGUCGCUUUGGUUCAGUUAAUCGGUCAACAAAAUGGAGGACUGGCGACGGUCGACGAGAAUCUCCUGAUCGAGAAAAUAGAACUGUCCAAGAACCUCGAUAAUUUACUUCGAAUUCUCGUGCCCGCUGAAAAUCGAAUUCGGGGAUUAAUUCUUUAUGAAAUGCACGCAGCUCUUGCAGAAUUUAGUAGGAGGCACACGGAAGAAGGCACCUUGAUAUUGUUGAUGGAAUCAAAGAAGUGUUUGCUUGAGUCUUAUCAAUUAUUGAAAUAUGAACCGAAGGUUCUUCCGGAAGGAAAAUUGGCGGAGCAAGCUAAGCAGAAUAUACAAAAGACAAAUGAAAUUUUAAAGCACCUCAAUAUCGACUCCUGAAACCACGAAUAAUAUUAGUUACACGAUAUGAAUUAUUUUCUUCCUUAUAUUAUAUUUCCCUCCACCCUUGUUACGUAUCAUAAUAAUAUUUAUUAUAUAUUUAUUAUGUUAAUCUUUGGAAGUAAU